CUUGCAAAAUCCUUACAGAGAAACUCCCGAGGAAAACCGGAGACAUCCGAUCAAAUCCGCAGUCCGUUCAAUGGCGAAUUGUCUGACUAACAAAACCCUAACAUUGAUCAGAAACCCUAACCUUGUCAAAUCCCUCUCCUCCUGGGCUCGGCGCUUCAACUCCGUCGCCGCCGCCGCCGAGCAACCGCAAUCCGACGACCCUUCGUCGUCGUCCUUCACCUUCUCAUCCGAGGGCCAAGAUCACAAAACGGACAACAAUGGAACCAAUAAUGACUCUAUAUACGUUAAAGCUCCGAGCUCGGAUACGCGGCGAAAAGCGGGAUCGGCGUCGGUGACGAUGCCGACUUCGUUCAUGAUGGGGUCGAUCGUCGGAAAGCGGUUUUACAAGAAGGUGACGGCGAGGAAUGCGGACGACGGAAAUGGAUGGACUGUGAUGCUUGAUUAUCGGACACUGAAGACGCCUUCCAAGAGGCCUCUCAAGCUUCCGACUUUGACUCUCGCUAAGGCCAUUGCUGCUGAGUGGGAAUAUCAGCAAACAGAUGGGAUCAGACCGUUUACGAUGCCUCUGAUGAAGCUUGCUUGCACUGCACUGGAAAGAGUUCCUCUCACGAGGCCCAAGAUUAUAGAGAAUUUGAUGAGGAAAUUUAACCUAGAUUUAGUCUUCUGUCGCGCCCCGGAGGACAAUGUUUUGACAAGUGGUGUUUAUGAAAGGCAAGUGGAGAAACUUGAUCCCGUACUUGAUUGGCUGGAGUCAGAAUUUGGCUUUAAGCCUGUUGUGUACUCGAGUUUUUCCGGUGGAAAGCAGGAGGAUGGUCUUGUAAAGGCCAUAGAAGAUCUGCUGAAGAAAACAAAUGACUGUGAAUUGGCAGCAAUUGAUGCUAUUGCAGCAGCAGCUCAUUCUCUAGUAAUAGCGGUUGGAAUGUUUCGUGGGAAGUUGCAGAUUGAGGAAGCAAUUGAAUUAAUUAGACUUGAAGAAGAUCUACAGGUGGAUAAGUGGGGUCUUGUUGAAGGUGGUCAUGAUGUGGAUAUUGCUGAUCUUAGGGUUCAAAUAUCAUCACCUGCUGUAUUUCUUGGUCUUUCAAAGAGGUUAUGAUCUCUGUAUAUUUGCAUUUUUUUCCGCCUGUUCACUUUGUACUUUUUUUUUGCUUUAAUUUCUUAUCCUAAGAGCUAGCUUCAUAUCUUUGAACUUGCUAUAGAUCUGCAAAACUCUUUGGCCAUAGCUGUGAAAUUUUAUGGGAAUUUGUUGUUAUAGAUCAGAUGGCACUGAUCACCUGAUCAAAUAAUCAAUCUUGAGUUGAGAGAACUGAGAUUUUGCUAUUUUGUUCUAAAAAUCAAUCAGAUGAUAUUGAUUUUGUCUAUGGACGCAAUAUUUGGGUUCGAUAUAACC